AUGGCUUCUUCAUCAAUGGCGAAAUCAAACGGCACUCUCAACUAUUUUCGUUCUCACAUCCAAAAUGAUUCUGUUUCUAAGCCAAUUGGCAGAAUGAUUCUGUUUGGAGCAAAACUUAAUGUAAAAAUUCCUUCUGAUCAUCACAUUCAUCCCUCUGCACCUUCUCCAUCUGAAUCCCCCACUUCUCCAGCUGAUUUUGAAAUCAAAACAAGAAACUCUCCGAUUUUAUGCCCAUUUUCGCUACCUUCUCCAGUUGAAUCGCCCAAAUCUUUAACUGGUUUUGGAAUCAUGACUCAAUAUUCUCCGAUUUUAGGUCCACCUUCCCCACCUUCUCCAGUUGAAUCGCCAAAAUCUCAGGCUGAUUUUGGAAUCAAGACUCGAAAUCUUCGGUUUCAAGGCACUCUAAAUAAAUCAAGCUCCCACUCGAUGGCGGCAGAGCGUGUGACAUUUGGCUCCUCCGAAGCAAAUAUCGCACCUCAGAAAAAAUGUUUGGAUGCAAAAAAAAAUGAAAUUUCUGAUGUUGAUUUCUUUAUUGGGAAGAAGAUGAAGGGGAGGGUGGCUGUGGCUUUUGGAUUUGGUUUGGGGCGAGGGAGAAGGAGAUAA